AACGGAUACCAGUCGGAAUCGGGUUCUCUGCACGGUCGCUCGUAGUGCGGUAGUAGUACGCUGCUGCGGCUGCUUCUUUCCUAUCUGUGCUGCUCAGUGGGUUCACAGUUUGCAACUUGAACCACUUGAAUAAUCUGCCGUUUCGAGUGCUUCCGUUUCAUCCUCGGGAUACGACGGGUGACAGUUCGCGAAUCCACGUUUCGACAGUCCGCUUAGUGCCGGUGGGGUUCGUCCCUGUUGUGUGAUGUGAGCGGAUGUCACAUCAAAAUAAGCAGUGAUUCCGUUCACGCAAACAAGUGGAUACGACAUCUGAAAAUAGUGGGCAGCAAACCUACUGUAUAUGUACUCCUCCGUGAUUUGAUUGCUUUGGUGGUGUGCGUAUGCAGGAAACAGAACGACCGUGCCGGAUGGGAUAGAUGUGAAAGUCAUACUAGAAAGUAAAAUAUAGAAUAACAACAAAAACAACGGCAGCAAUAUAAAUACCAGCACAUAUCGGCAUAGUGUAAAAAUAUAUCAAUUACGAAAUUACAACCGAGUUCUGAUCCGAGAAGAUACUAGAGAAGAAAAUAGAGAGUGUGGUUCGUGUGUUCUAGCUGUGUGGUGUAUUUAGUAACCAGUGCACUCGUCCGCAUCAUCAUCAUUCAACACAUGUGCUAGAUGACAGCUCGUAGUAGGCCGUGGCAGAGAGGAAGACAGCGUAAAAACAGCAGGCCGAUGUUUCAAUAAUCAUCAGGUUUGUGAUGGAGUUCUAAAUUGAAGAAGUAGCUGGAAAAGGUGAAACGAAGCUGUGCAGGACGGACGAACGCUUGGUGCAAUCAGGGGCCACUGCAAAAGCCACCGGCAAACAAGAAAUAUCAAUUAAGAAACGCACAUAUCAGCUGAUUAGUCAGAGCGCUGCGAACAAAACGAUGCAACCCAGUAAACUCAUAUCUUUGGCAAUGUGUGAGAAAGUACGCAACUAAUCUUCGCGAUGUGAAUUGCCACGAUCUGUGCAAGAUCUCAACCAAAUAGCGAAUCGAUCGACUUGAUCGCUUGCCAAUAACAAAUUACUUCUAAACAUACGCACACACACAAACACCGAUACAAAUUUAAACCGAAACAAUGGGACUGAUAGGUAGGCGGAGAUCGAGCUUCCUGAAGAUCAUCGCACUGCUGGGGGUGGUGUGGUUUAUGGUCGUGUUCGUGAUCUACUCCGACGACGGAAGUGGAAGCAGUGGACGAUCGGUAGCGAGUGGCGGUAGUGCGGCAGGUCCCGGUGAAAGUGCAUUUGAGGCUCCCAGGAGGCUACCGCUGCAGGGUAUACGGGAUAAGUUGAAUCAGUUCAUCAUCAAUGCUCGGGAAGAUGCGAACAAGGACGAACUGGGGAACGAUGGAGACUUGCCGGACUAUGUCGAUAAUAACAUCGACCGGGAUGGUGAUAUUGCUGUGAAGCCAGCGGAGAAGGAGCUGCAGAAGAAGAUUCCACCGAAGAGUAGGAAGCGAAAUGAGAAUUUAGAUAUCGAAGGAGUGAUUGCCCCACCGAAUGAGGACGGUCUGGAUUCACCCGGUGCCAUGGGUAAGCCGGUAGUUUUACCCAAGGAUAUGUCACCGGAGAUGAAGAAAGCAGUCGACGAUGGUUGGGCCAAGAAUGCAUUCAAUCAGUAUGCAGCCGAUUUGAUUUCUGUUCGCCGCAGUCUCCCGGAUCCACGGGAUCAGUGGUGCAAGGAACCGGGACGCUACCAAACCGAUCUUCCAGCCACCUCAGUAAUCAUUUGCUUCCACAACGAAGCCUGGUCAGUGCUGCUGCGAACGGUACAUUCCGUACUCGAUCGUUCCCCUGAACAUCUGGUCAAAGAGGUCAUCCUAGUAGAUGACUUCUCGGAUAUGCCACAUACUCAGAAACAGCUAGAGGACUAUUUCGUGGCCUAUCCACGAGUGAAGAUCAUUCGGGCACCAAAACGAGAAGGAUUGAUUCGUGCGCGGUUGCUAGGUGCUCGCUACGCAACUGCUCCCGUACUGACCUACUUGGAUUCGCACUGCGAGUGUACCACUGGAUGGUUGGAACCGUUGCUGGAUCGUAUUGCGAAGAAUUCAACCACCGUGGUUUGUCCAGUGAUUGACGUGAUCGACGAUAACACGAUGGAAUACCAUUAUCGGGACUCUGGCGGUGUCAAUGUGGGAGGAUUCGACUGGAAUCUGCAGUUCAAUUGGCAUGCGGUCCCUGACCGGGAGAAGAAAAGGCACAAGAGCACCGCGGAACCAGUCUGGUCUCCAACGAUGGCGGGUGGCCUUUUCGCAAUUGACAAGGAAUUCUUCGAACGGCUAGGAACGUACGAUUCCGGAUUUGAUAUCUGGGGUGGUGAAAAUUUAGAGCUUUCCUUCAAGACGUGGAUGUGUGGAGGCACACUCGAAAUCGUUCCUUGUUCUCACGUAGGUCACAUCUUCCGAAAGCGGUCGCCUUACAAGUGGCGAACGGGCGUGAAUGUGAUCAAACGGAACUCGGUCCGAUUAGCGGAGGUUUGGCUGGACGAAUACGCCAAGUAUUACUACCAGAGAAUCGGCAACGAUAAGGGCGAUUACGGAGAUGUAUCCUCACGGAAAAAGCUCCGAGAGGAUCUGGGAUGCAAAUCUUUCCGGUGGUACCUGGAUAACAUCUUCCCGGAGCUAUUCAUACCAGGAGAAGCGGUCGCUUCCGGAGAGGUAAGGAACAUGGGAUACGGAAACCGUACGUGUCUGGAUGCUCCAGGAGGCAAAAAGAAUCUGCGAAAACCAGCGGGACUCUACCCUUGCCAUAAUCAAGGCGGAAAUCAAUACUGGAUGCUGAGCAAAACGGGUGAAAUCCGUCGGGACGAAGCCUGCCUGGACUUUGCCGGUCAGGAUGUGAUACUGUACCCGUGCCACGGUUCCAAGGGCAAUCAGUACUGGAACUAUUCGCUCAGUUCGCGCCUGCUGCGGCACGGUUCCUCCGACAAGUGUCUGGCCAUCAACGAGGGCAAACAGAAGCUCAUCAUGGCGGACUGUGAUGCGACGGUCGACGCGCAGAAGUGGAUAUUCCAAAACUACGAUCCUAGCAAGCUGUGAGAUGGCGUCGUGCGUUCCCCGAGCAACGGGGAAUGAGUUUUAGGUUCGAUGUAACAAGAUGACCGUUGAUUAUUUUUCGAUGGAAAGUGGAAAGUAUGGACGAAAAAAAUCAAGUCAGGUAGGACUGUUUAGUUUUUAAUAUAUUCAAAACUAUUUGUUUUCCAACCCGAGAGAAACAGACAGAGAGUUAGUCGUAGAUAGAGAAAUGAUUUUAAUGUGAUUUUUAUGGUAAACUAUUAUUUAAACAAUUGAGUGAGCGUCCUGGUUCAAUUUGCCUACUAAACGGCGCACACUGUAAUCGUCAUAGUUACACGCAAAUCAAACAAAUGAGAUGAGAUACUUUAUUCCGCCAGUAGUUCGUAGUUCAAUUUUUUUUUCGCUCUACCAAACCCCCCGAAAGUUCACUAGUGAAACCAUAAACUGCCAUAAACAUUUCCCGAACUGAGCCACGCACUUUCGGCUAGAAGGUUUGUUAUUGUUUACUUUCGAGUACGAAACUGUCAAACAUAUCGAAAGAUUUCAAGGCAUGCACCCCUGCUGCAUGUGACGCCGCCGCCGCGCUUAGUAGGCUAUGAAUUAACGAUGCUUCCCGUUUCCGUUCGCCCUGACAGCAACUUGCGUAAAAUGUACAGAAACGAAAAUCAGCCGCAGCCUGCUGCGCGGCUAUUCAUUUGAACGUCGCUGAGCAUAUCUGCGAAGAAGUCAAACUGAGAAAUUCCCACAAAAAAUCUACAUUCCAAUUAAACUGAACAUCACCUAGUGUAAAGUUUAGAAGCAAAGCAUAUAAUAGUAUACAAAAGGCAGACAACUACUGCUCCUCAAACAUAUCAAGAUACGACAUUCAGAGAAGUUUGCCAUAUAGAUGAACUAAUUUUUCUGACCUCUCCGGAUAGUUUUUAAACAACUGAUACAUGUAGCAAAAGACUUUAUUACACCGACAUAUCUAGGAACUGUAUUUCUUCCCAUUCUCUACAUAGAAACGAACUGCUAGACAGACUUUUGAACUGUUCUUUUACCCCUCUAUUCCUGUACAACAAAUAAGUUGACAAAUGGGACUUUUCAAUCGAUGAACGUAGAGAUCCUACCCAAACACACACACAAAUAGAACUAUCCUAAGGAGUUGAAACGUUGCCGAACGAAUGCGUUGAAGACCGAUCGUAGAUCGCGAGUUGUUUUUCGAACAAAAUGGGAGUGAAUGAGCGUGUUUCUACAUGUGCCUUGUAAAUUAUUGUCAAACAUAUUAAUUGAUUCAAAAUUGAGCAACCAAGCGAUUACUUAACUUAACUUAUAAAAUUAUAAAAAACAAGAAAAAACAUGUUAUUUUUAAUUAUUGUACUUAGUUCUUACAGUAGUUAUACAAAGCGCAAGUUAAAUAAUCUAGAAGCAAACAAAGCAAAUACUGCAUACAUGAAAAAUUGUACAUACAUAUCUUUAUCAAAAAAAAAAAAACAAAUCUUUCGAUGCAAUAAAAAUAAAUGUGAAAAAACAAACUACCUAGAUGAUAGCAACAACACAAUUAUAAAACAAAAGAAAGAUCAUACUUUAAAAGUAGGUUUACUUGAUGUGAAAGCAUUACCUUAAAAAGUAGGGGCAAAUAGCAAAAACAAAAGGAAGAACAUCAAUCUUCCAAGUAUGUAACUAUUCUACGUGCUACGUUUAGCUCUUUUGUACAGUUAACGAGAAUUACAUAUCUUCACAGAUGAAUAAACAGAACGAAAACUCCGA